AUGGCCGAUUACAACUUUGGAGGCUCCGAAGAGGAGAACGCAGAGCUGAGGAAGCUAGAGGUUGAGUUGCUCGAUGACCCCGAUAACUUCGAGACCUGGGAGAAGCUGGUUCGCGGCGCAGAGGCCCUUGAGGGAGGUGUCAACCGGAACUCGAAUCCACAGGCGAUUACAACUGUGCGCCAAGCUUACGAUCGAUUCCUCGCCAAGUUUCCGUUGCUCUUUGGGUACUGGAAGAAAUAUGCGGAUCUCGAGUUCUCGAUCACAGGAACUGAGGCUGCGGAUAUGGUUUACGAACGGGGUAUCGCGAGCAUUUCCUCCUCCGUCGACCUCUGGACGAACUACUGCUCCUUCAAAGCAGAGACAUCCCACGACACAGACAACAUCCGAGAACUCUUCGAGCGAGGUGCUAGCUGCGUCGGGCUAGAUUUCCUUUCCCACCCCUUCUGGGAUAAGUAUAUUGAGUACGAGGAGCGGGUGGAGGCGUUUGACAAGAUCUUCGCCAUCCUUGGCCGAGUCAUCCAUAUUCCGAUGCACCAGUAUGCGCGUUACUUUGAGCGCUACAGGCAGAUCGCGCAAACGCGCCCGCUAGCUGAACUGGCUCCUCCCGAGACUUUGUCACAGUUCCGAGUUGAACUUGACGCAGCUGCGGAUCAGGUUGCGCCAGGCGCAAAGGCAGAAGCUGAGAUUGAGCGUGACUUGCGCCUGCGUAUCGACGGAUACCACCUUGAGAUCUUCUCCAAGACACAAACGGAGACGACGAAGCGCUGGACGUAUGAGUCCGAAAUCAAGCGCCCGUACUUCCACGUAACGGAGCUUGAUGAAGGCCAGUUGACGAACUGGAAGAAGUAUCUCGACUUUGAAGAGGCCGAAGGCUCAUAUACUCGCACUCAGUUCUUGUAUGAGCGGUGCCUGGUAACUUGCGCUCACUACGACGAGUUCUGGCAGCGAUAUGCCCGCUGGAUGUCUGCACAGCCUGGCAAGGAGGAAGAAGUGCGGAAUAUCUAUCAACGGGCAAGCUGUCUCUACGUUCCCAUUGCCAAUCCCGCCACUCGUCUCCAGUACGCCUACUUCGAGGAAAUGUCCGGGCGAGUCAGUGUUGCCAAGGAAAUCCACGAAGCCAUCCUCAUCAACAUGCCCGACCACGUUGAAACAAUAGUCUCGCUUGCCAACACGUGCCGUCGUCACGGUGGCCUAGAAGCCGCCAUUGAAGUUUACAAGACCCAGUUGGACUCCGCGCAGUGCGAUCUCGCUACCAAGGCCGCCCUGGUUGCGGAAUGGGCCCGGCUACUAUGGAAGAUCAAGGGCUCUCCCGAAGAGGCCCGUCAAGUCUUCCAGAAGAACCAACAGUACUACAUGGGCAGCCAGCCCUUCUGGAAGAGCUAUCUUACCUUCGAGCUCGACCAGCCUACAAGCGCUACAACAGAGACUGCUCAGUACGACCGGAUAAAGGGCGUUAUUGAGGACAUUCGCUCGAAGAGCGCGCUCUCCUCAGAGGUCGCACGGGACCUCGUCCAGGUCUACAUGGUCUACCUCCUGGAACGCGGCACAGAGGAUGCCGCGAAGGAAUACAUGACUCUCGACCGGGAAGUUCAUGGGCCCGCAUCUGUCUCCAAGGCAAAGACCGGAGGUACAGAGCCGACGCCCCAGGCCGUGCCUCCCACUCCUGCUCCUCCCGCUCCGCCCAUCGUUCCCGUUGCUCCUGCUGCGCCCGUUGCUACCACCCCACAAGCCGGCCAGUACAACUACUACCAGCAGAGCCCCGUCAAUGGCGGAUUCGGCAGCGCGUAA